CUGCUGCCUGCUAGUCGUAAGUCGAGGUUUGCGCGAAAUCGACGCGGCGCUCAAACGGCUUUUCAAAUACCGUAGUGUUCCAUUUUUGACUUUCGUUACUUUUUUAAUUUUUUAACAUUUUGUGCCAGUGAAUUUUAAUUAUUUUACCGUAACAGCAGAUCGUCCAAGUUGGCUGGUAUAAUGUUUGCAGUGUAAGGUGUCACUAGGAUGGAACUGUCACAAACGCAGCCGCUGGGGGAGGGGAAGCUGUCGUACCUCCCCCCUCGCCCCCCCAUCGACCUCGGCUUCCAGGACCUCACGUAUACUGUCAAGAAUGGGAAAUCGUCAAAAAUAAUAUUACGCGGCAUAAACGGCGAAUUCCGUUCCGGGCAGCUGACGGCGAUCCUGGGGCCCUCCGGCGCGGGGAAGAGCACCCUGCUCAACAUAUUGGCUGGAUACAGGGCCGUCGGAGCGUCCGGUCUGAUCUCCGCCAACGGGGAACCUCGCGACCUGCGGACGUUCCGCAAGCUGUCCCGGUACAUCAUGCAGGACGACCUGCUGCAGCCUCUCAUCACCGUGCACGAGGCGAUGAUGAUGGCAGCCGACCUCAAACUCGGGAGCGGCAUGAGGAGGGAUAAGAAGGCUAUCGUCGUGGAGGAGAUAGUCCAGUUGCUGCGGCUGGACAAGGCCCGACACACGGUGACAGAGCGGCUGUCGGGCGGCGAGAGGAAGCGGCUGUCCAUCGCCCUGGAGCUCGUCAACAACCCACCUGUCGUCUUCCUCGACGAACCCACCACCGGUCUGGACGACGUCGCAUCCUCCACAUGCGUGUCCCUCCUGAAACGCGUCGCGCGCGGCGGUAGAACUGUCAUCUGCUCCCUGCACACACCCUCAGCGCGGCUGUUCUCAGUGUUCGACCACGUGUAUGUGGUGGCAGAGGGCAGAUGCGCUUACCAGGGCACUGCGGCCGGUGUGGUGCCUUACCUGAAGGAGCUGCAGCUGCCCUGCCCGAAGACUUAUAAUCCGGCUGAUUUUGUAAUCGAAGUAUCGAGCGGGGAGUACGGCUACCAUCUCGACAAGCUGGUUUCCGCGAUAGACAACGGGAGGAACCAGAGGUGGCGGGAGUUCGCCAUCGCAGAGAAUGAUGAGGAGGAUAUACAGUGGAAGAGCACGCAGGGGGUGGCAGGACAUAACUAUAACUACGAGAGCAGCUUCUGCCUGCAGUUCAGUGUGCUGGUGAAGAGAAUGCUGCUACAGACUGUUAGAAAUAGGAGCUACCUGUACUUGAGGCUGGGCCUGCACGUGUUCUUGGGCGGCAUUGUGGGUGCCCUUUACAUGGGCAUCGGAAACGACGGCAGCAAAGCCAUGUUCAACUUCGGGUUCUGUUACGCCUGCAUCAUUGCCAUGUUGUACACCGCCAUGAUGCCUAUAUUAUUAGCAUACCCAACAGAAGUGUCACUGAUAAAACGAGAAUACUUCAAUAGAUGGUACGGCUUGAAACCAUACUAUGCGGCGCUGGUCGUCUCCAGAACUCCUCUGACUGUGUUCUUCGCGCUGCUGUUCCUUGUGAUAGUGUACCCCAUCACCAGCCAGCCUCUGGAAGUCGUCAGGAUAGUCAUGUUCCUGACUAUGUGCAUCAUGGUAGCGCUGAUCUCCGAAUCCAUGGGUACACUCAUAUCGUCAACUUUAAAUGUCGUGAACUCAAUGUUCGUGGGCCCCGUACUGAGUGUGCCCCUGAUGUUGUUGGCGGUGUACGGGAUGGGCAACGGUGAUGAAAGACCGCCUCUGAUCUGGGGCAUCGCCCGCGCCUGCUCCUUCCUCCGAUACGCGCUAGAAGGCCUCAUAGUCGCCGUUUACGGGGAGUCAAGAAAGGACCUCUAUUGCCCCGACGAUGCAGAGUUUUGCGAAUACAAGAGUGCUAAACACUUCGUUCAUAUGCUGGGGAUGUCGGGAGCGUCAUUUUGGAAGGACUUCGGAGCCCUACUGGUGAUGUUCGCUCUGUCGAACCUGGCCACAUACUAUCUCUUACGGCAGAGGCUGUCUCCCAACUAUGCCUUCAGAGCCAUCAAAGUCAUCGGCACAUUCAUCAAGAACAAAAUGAGUGAAGUGAUGUGAAAUAAUAUUUAAUGGACU